ACCUUUCUCUGUUGCAGAACCUUCUUUCACGUCUCUACCUUCUACACCCAAAAAAACAAAAAAGUAUUCAUGGAUUCUCCAUUACCAUUACCACCAUCUCUCCACCACAUUUGACCCCUCAAUCUCUCAACAAUGGAACCAUCUGACAUCGAAUCAGUCCUCCAAUUUCUCAGAACAAACCAUCUUUCAACCUCUGAAUCUGCACUCAUUGAUGACCUCUUCGAAAAAUCCAAUCUUGAUGCUACCCACAUCCACAAUUUCCUCUUUCCUCCUCCGAUCAAGAUUCCGGCAGCCCCCCGCCGCCCUCCUCCGCCGCUGCAAGAUCUUGCACCCUCUGAUGCUUCUUCUGAUCAGGAGUUCAUCAGCUUGGGUUCUUCAGAAUUUACAAAUCCGUAUGGGAUCCGGACUAUGAGGGGGGCUAGUUCUCAUGCUUCGUCGGAUAGAUUGUCUCAAUUCGGUACAGCUCGUGAUUACCAUGAAUUCGACAUGCAAAACGACUUGAAUUGGUAUAGAGAGAACGACGAAGACUACGCUAUGCCGUCUUGUUUUGAUGAUUCAGACCCUUUCGGUGGUCAAACUGAGGACAAGUUUGUAACAACUUUCGAGAAAGAGAACCAAAACGACAAUCUUGAACUUGAGUUCGACCCGUUAUUAGAGAAAACUAGCCGUCUUGAUAAAGUAUGGCCCGCCUCCAUUGGGUAUUUGGAAGAUGGUGUAAAAGGAAUUGUUUUGGAUGAUUUUCUUGAUACCGAGAAGAAGAUUAAAAGUUGCGAUGAUGAUGAUGAACGGGAUUGUAAAAGAACCGAUGAAUUGCUGAAUAAGAUGUGCGAUAAAGAUGUUGACUUUGACCGAAAUAGUGAUUACGAUGCUGCUAAAGUUGACGAAGGCGAUGCCAUUGAUGUAUCGUUAACGAAUGGAAACGAAGAUGAAUAUGAAGUAUUUGAGUUAAAAAUUAUACACAGGAAAAACAGGACUGGUUUUGAAGAGCAUAAGGAUCUACCGAUUGUUUUAAACAGCGUAAUCGGCGCCCGAUAUGUUGUUUCGGAGUAUCUUGGUUCGGCUGCAUUUAGCAAAGUCGUUCAAGCACAUGAUCUCCAAACAGGAAUCGACGUUUGUUUGAAGAUAAUAAAGAACGAAAAAGAUUUCUUCGACCAAAGUUUAGAUGAAAUCAAGCUUUUAAAGCUUGUAAACAAGCAUGAUCCGGCAGAUGAGCGCCAUAUUUUACGGCUUUACGAUUAUUUUUAUUUUCAUGAACAUCUCAUCAUCGUUAGCGAACUGCUGCGCGCUAACUUAUACGAAUUUCAAAAAUACAAUAAAGAAUCCGGCAGUGAGCCUUAUUUUACCAUGCCCAGGCUGCAGGCGAUAACGAGACAAUGUUUGGAAGCGUUGGAUUACUUGCAUGAAUUGGGAAUAAUACAUUGUGAUCUAAAGCCGGAAAAUAUUCUUAUCAAAAGCUAUAGCCGAUGUGAGAUCAAGGUUAUUGAUCUCGGAAGCAGUUGCUUUAAAAGCGAUAGAUUGUCGUUAUAUGUGCAAUCUCGGUCUUAUCGGGCUCCUGAAGUCAUUCUCGGCCUUCCGUAUGACCAGAAAGUUGACCUUUGGUCGCUCGGUUGCAUCUUAGCUGAACUCUUAUCUGGUGAUGUUUUAUUUCCAAACGAUGAAAUCGUGUUCUUGCUUGCACGAGUGAUCGGUAUGCUCGGGCCAAUUGAUUACGAUAUGCUAGAACGGGGUCAAGAAACAAGCAAAUAUUUCACGGAUGAGUUCGAUCUUUAUCGCAUAAACGAGGAAACAAACGAGACGGAAUACAUAACCCCACAAGAAACAUCAUUGGAAGAACGCGUACAAGUUUCCGAUACAUUAUUACUCGAUUUCAUCGGUAACUUACUUGAGAUCAACCCACGAAGGCGGCCCACAGCCCGAGAAGCCCUGAAACACCCCUGGCUCUCGUUUCCCUACGGAUUUGUAAUACUAUACGGUUUGCCGUAGUCAACUCAAGAAACUACUUAUUACAUUGACUUGAAUGCGAGCCGAAUACAAGUUUUAGUUUCUAGCUCAGAUCCAAGAGUACACAGCUAGACUCGUAUCAUUAUAAGCUUGAGCCCGAACUUGACUCGAGGCACUUAGUCGCAAGAGAUUAGCUGCGACAGAGAUUGGCCAAGUAGCUACUGAAGUUUACAGUUGAAAGAGAAAGUUACAAGUAUUUCGAGACACUUUUCAUCUGGUUGACCUUGUCUUUCUAACAAGAGUUAAGUGUCAUUUACGUGUCCCUUUGGUUUGUUCU